AUGUCGUACGUGGAAGAAGAAUACUACGAAAGUGAGGAAUACGCGGUAGACUACGAAGGCAAUGGCGGUGAAUGGGCGCUGGUGUCACCCGCGGAGGCUUUGCGGCGGCCUGUGGGUGCCCGUGCAGAGGCAUGGCUUUUUACUACGUUGUCAAUAAGUGAAGUUUUAGGGGAUCUGCAAAGAGACGUUGAGAAGGUAAAUGAAAUUCUCGGCCUUACGCCAGAGGCUGCUUUACUUGUUUUGCGCCAUUACGGUUGGAAGAUGAAUGACGCCACGCUUGAGAAGUAUUUUAACGAAAUGGAUAAAGUCAACAGUGAACUAAGAAUUACGGAGGCAGCUUUUCAUAGUGGUGGUGCUGGCGCGGAGUUGAUAAGGGGCGACCAACCUAUUGAGUGCCCCAUAUGCGGUGAUGAUGUGCCCGCAGGGGAGAGCGUGGCCCUUGGAAAUUGCCGUCAUUUUUUAUGCGUCAAUUGCCUGCGAACAAAUCUUCUUUGUGCGGUCAAGCAUGGCCAUGACUUACUCGACAAAAGGUGCCCGAUACGUGGGUGCCACAGUCUGGUGGGGUUGAAUCUGUUUAAAGAGCUUCUGCCGGCAAGAGAAUACGGUCAGGUCCAGCGGCGUUUCCUCAAUGAUUAUUUUAUUAGCAACAGACACAUGUGCUGUUGCCCCAACGAGGCAACUUGCGAGGGGGUGAUAUGCGUCAAGGCCAUACGAGAGUCGAGUCUAGAAGUCCAAUGCCAUGUGUGUAAGCUGAAGUUUUGUUUUAAUUGUCUUUGUGCUCCCCACGCCCCGGCGACAUGUGAUAUGAUGCAGCGCUGGGAAAGGAUGGUGCAAGAGAAUGAGCCCUCACUUGCACUUAUCCAACAUAUGACGAAGGGAUGCCCCAAUUGUGCAGUACGUGUGGAGAAAAACAUGGGUUGCAAUCAUAUGACAUGUGUUCGCUGCCAUCAUGAGUACUGCUGGGUCUGCCUGGGUCCCUGGUCGGAGCACAACGCCGGCUACUACAACUGCAACAAGCGGAGUCGU